AUCAUCAGUUAGCCGUUCUACCGUGAGUGAACAACUAUCAGUUUAUUCUAGUGGUGAAUUUGUGUUUAGUUUGUGUUUCAAAUAUCCAGCAUGAUGAAAGCACGCUUUGUAGUGUUGGCGUCGCUCGCGACAUUGGCACUGGCAAGACCCGAAGCUGGAUACUCCUAUAGCUCACCAUCCUCAUCAGGUGGUUACUCGUCCGGAAGCACUGGUCUGAGCUUCUUGGGCGGCGGUGGUGGCGGUGGUUACUCGAGCGGCGGUUACGCCAGCGGCAGCUCCGGUUACUCCGGCCCGAUCAGCUCUGGUGGAUACUCCAGCGGUGGUAGCUCCGGUGGAUACUCCAGCGGUGGUAGUUCCGGCGGAUACUCCAGCGGCGGUGGUUCCGGAUACUCCAGCGGUCCAGUCAGUUCCGGAUUCUCCAGUGGUUCAAUCAGUUCCGGAUACUCCAGUGGUGGCUCAGGAUACGCAAGUGGAUCCUCGGGCUACAACUACGCCCCGGCCGCCCCAGUUGUGCAGAAACACAUCUACGUGCACGUGCCACCCCCAGAGCAAGAAUACGUCGCCCCACCUCAAAUCCAACAGGUUGCCCCACCCCAGAAACACUACAAGAUCAUCUUCAUCAAGGCUCCAACUCCACCAACCCCGACCGCCCCAAUCAUACCACAAGUGCAACAAGACUCCGAGAAGACCCUGAUUUACGUUUUGGUCAAGAGGCCCGAAGACCAACCACAAAUCUCCAUCCCAACACCAGCACCAACCACACCAUCCAAACCCGAAGUAUACUUCAUCAAGUACAAGACCCAAAAGGAAGCCGGAGGUUUCGCAGCCAGCUCUGGCUCCAGCUUCAGCGGAUCCACAUCRGCGGGUGGCUUCAGCGGACCYACAUCGGCGGGUGGCUUCAGCGGACCCACAUCGGCGGGUGGCUUCAGCGGUGACUCAAUCGGACACUCCGGCAUCUCAUCUCUGUCCUCCAGCGGUCUCGGAUCCAGCUACUCUAGCCCAUCAUCCAGCUACGGAUCCCCAAGCGCCAGCCCAUCAUCCUCUUACGGUGCCCCGAGCUCCAGCGGAUCUUACUAGGGCGUUCGAUUCAAACGUAAUGUUAUAAUGUUGUCGUCCUUGKGCACACGCUUCGCGCCAGUGGCCGUGGAAAACCGUUGAUUGUUACUUUUCCACGGUCAGUGAACAUUUCGAGAAGCGUGGCCACCCUCCAUACACAAUUAUCCCCAAAACAUCCUCUCUCCAUCCCUCUCCACCCCUCCUUAAAUACUACUCCCAUAUUCCCAUCCCGAUUCUCCCCCCAAAAAUGCAAUUGUAACAUAUUUUAUAAUAUCCAUGUAAACUAUUUUAUUUGUGUUUUAUAUUUUUUUAUUAUUUUUAUUAGUAUCAAGCUCAAUUUUCAAAACGCGUAUAUAUGUGCAGUAUAAUACGCUAUCGUAAUUUUAUUAGCUGACUCAUAUUAGAACACAUAAUAUAAUAAUAUUGUUGUCAUGAUUUAUAAUACUACAAAAUAUACGAUUCGAUUUUUUUAUAAU